AUGAACAACCCCGGCGCCUUCGCCCUGUCUCCAGACUCCGUCAACAGAAAGUUAGCAUAUCCCACUGGCCUAUACGUGUGCCCAUUUAACUCCCACCCGAGUCGUCUUUUACUUUUGGAGCCAGAAUUGAAGAACAACGCCAAUUCCCAGUUACUAGUGGGCUCAGCGAUUACACUGAAGCCGGCAGCGCGCACCGAGCUUACACACUGGUGCGAAAGUCAACUUUCCGUCUUUCCUCGACACAAUGUAGACCUGCCUACACUCAUCUCUCUUCUGUGUGACAUCGAGGAAGCCGACGAUGUCCUGGAAUGCAUUGAGGCCUCAUUCGGAAAGUCGUCUCGCCUCUCUAAAUUUAGCAAGGCCUUCGUUGAGAAGAGGGCAACUCUCAUGCGUUCGACCGCAUAA